CCAUUUGCAUUAGCGGUGACUUCAAACAAAGUUUGUUCAGACUUGUUUUGUUUACAGCGGAAAUUCUGUCAUUUUCGUUGAAGCUCCUAAUUCUAUUUACUUUUUAAAAAUAUAUCAGUGUUGCACGAAAACAUGAUUAGCCUAAAAAGAUUAACCUAUUAACUGAUUCUGCACAAAUCAACUAGAAAUUCUCCCCCCAAAAUUUUCAACCAUGAAGGGCAAAGGAACAUAUAGAAUUAGUCCCAAUGAGGAGAACAGACUGGUCAAAGAAGAGACAGAAAAAAGAAGAAAAUUACGUUUAAUUCAGGUUCGUGAACAAGCCAAACAAAAUGCAAAGACCAUAAGAGAAGAUGUGAGGAAAGAAAAAGAAAAGCAGUUGAUAAAGUUGGCUCGAAUGAUUGAAAAUGAUCUUGAAAGAGAUAAGAUUGAAAAAAUUCGCCAAUUGGAAGACCAGUACCAAAAUACUCUGAAAAACAUAGGUCAAGGUCAUAAAGAAGCUCAAGAACAUUCUGAUGGUAGUUUUGAUCGAUUAAAAAAGAAAUUAGAAGCACAGGAACAAGCUACUAAAAGACAUAUGAAGGCUCUAGAGAAGAUGAAGAAUGAAAAACUAUUAAAACAAUUAAAGGAAAACAAAGGAAUAAUGUCAAGAAAAGCAGCUAUAGCUAUAGAAAAGUAUCGUGCAGCUGAAAUAGCAGCAUUACCUCCCCCUCCUAAAGAUCCUGUUGAAGAUGUCAUACAGAGUAAUAAACCAGUAUUGAUGACUGAUAUGAAUGCUUUUUCUGCUACACAUUAUCAUAUGCCUGAGUAUGCUGUUAUUAAAGCUAAUCAACAAGAACAGAAAAAUGCCAAGUUAGAUGCUGAAGAUGAAGAUUUUAGAAUACAAGAGAAUGUAAAAGAACGAGAACGAAUGGCAGCAGAACAAACAGCUAGAGCUAAAAUACGAGGCACAAGUGCUCUUAAAAAAGAACAUUUGAAACAUGAAUAUGAUGCAUUGGUAGAAGAUCUGAGUUUACUACAGAGAGCUGAUAGAAAAAGACGACAAGAUAUAGUAGCUAAUUUACCUAAACAAGUUUUUAUUCCUCCUGCCAGACGGAUUGUAGAAAAAGACCAGAAACAAAGAAAUAUGGAGAAAGAUUUUGAAGACUUGUAUAUGGAUGGUAAUGAAAGAUGUAAAGAUGAUUUAUUGAUAUCUAUGGAACCAGAACCAGCUACACCCACAGCUUCAGAUGUACUUGAUUUAUCUGUUCACAACACACCUGUACGCAUACCUACUGUAUCACAGACUGGUCAGAUAUCACAAAAUACAACUAAUACUGCCCAGAGUGAAGGAGAAUCAGUAGAUAAUGGAAAGAGAGAAACUGUAUUAAAGAAAUUAUUGAAUCGUAUAAAAGAACAGAAAGACGCGCACACAUCCAGAUCUAAACUAGAGACCUCCCAUUUAGAUGUACCAUCAACUCAUACAAAACAGAAGAAAAUAAAACCUAAGAAAACGUUUUCUACUAAAGUUAAAGAAUAUGAUGUUGAACAAUAUCAACAGAUGUGGGAAGAAGUGACGUCUCUCUCUGAAUAUUCCAUGUCAAAUAAAAAUGAAGCAGAUAAAAAAGAUAGAGAAAAUGGAACAAAAUGGCAUCAGCUAGAAGAAAACUCUCCUUCUGUAUCACCUUCCCCAUCUCCAGUAAGACCAUCACCAUGUGAUAAACCAACCAUUCACAAGUCUCCAGUACCUGUUAAAAAAGACGUGGAAGAAAAAUCUAUUGAAAAUGAACUUCAGUUUCAAGAACUAUUAGAAAGAAUUCAAAAAAUAGAGGAGCAGAAGUUAAUGCUAGAGGAAAAAAUCAAACUGCAAGAGGAAGAAAAAAAAUUGCGAGAGGUACAGACAAAGAUGGUGACAGAACAGUUAUUGACAAGAAAUGUACCAAUACAGCUUUCACAACCAGUAGCUCCAGUCUCCCAAACCCAUGGUCCAACCUUUGCUCCCCGAAUUCCAGAUCAUACAUUUGGAACAGUUGGCCAUCAGAGUUAUCCUGUUCAGCACUAUCCUGCCCAAAUCAUGAUGGCACCACAAGGAGAUUCUUACCCACAUUCAAAGCCCCAAAUGUCAUAUCAGCCGCAACUGACAAAUGAAUUUCAGACUCAUUCCAUGGGUUCAUCAGUGGGCCAGUUUGUAGCAUCCAAACCACCAUCAAGUGUUUAUCCUAGUCAACAAACAAUUAUAGGUCAGCAAGUUUACCCCCAAGGUCCAACUCCCAUCCACCCUCACACUUAUUCAGUUGGAGCUACACCACUGCCUUUAUCUAUGUCUCAGCUAUCAUAUUCCACAGGACACCGGCCAGUCAUUCCACCUGCUAGUAAUUUUGAUUAUUCUGGACGAGGUGCAGUGCUGUUCCAACCCUAUUCUAAUUAUGCCCCACCUCCACCAAUAGACUCUAAUAUUGGAAGUCGGCAGAUGGAUCAGUUGAGGAAAGUUAGAGAAUAUCAAAAUAAGUUACUAGAAACAAAUGAAAAACGUAAGGAGUUACUAGCUAAGUCCAGAGAAGAUCUUAAAAAGAGAAGAGAAGAACUAAAUGAGAAGGUGAGUCAAGAUCAUCAACAGCAAAAAGAAUCCGAGAAGCCAGUGCAAUUUGAUAAAAAUGAUAAAAGUGCUCCAAGUAAUAAGCUAGAAUCCAUCCGAAAAUCCUUGCCUUUUGACGAAGAAGAUUCUUUUUUGGGAAUUCAAAUUGGGAAAGAUGAAGAUUUAGAAUCAGAGGCAGGGGAUGCUUUAGCAUCCUGUUCAGAAAGAGGUAGUCCGCAGCUAGACAAUACAAAUCGUUCAGUGGUAAGUUCAGGACCAGGUUCUUCAUUAAUAGCUCUUGCAGAAGAAAGACAGAAAUUCUGUGAAACACGCCAACAAGAAUUGAAGAACCAGCUGGAAGAAAUACAGAAGCAGAAAAAUGACAUCAUGCAGAAAUAUCACCAGGGUCAAGAAAAAAUUCAAGAACAGCGUUUCAGUUUUCAUUCUAAAGUCAUUGAACCAAAAAGCAAAGAAGUAGCUUCUACAUCUAAGGUAAAAGGUGCUUCCAAACAGAAAUCUCCUCCCAAAGAAACGAUUCAGUUGGAAAAUCAGGUGAAAGCAAAGCUUAGACAAAUGACUGACCAAUUACGAAAGGUGAAUACUGAACCAGUUUGUCAUGAAUCUAGUAACCAAAGACAGUCCACAGCUAAUAUGUCUAUUGAGGAAGGGGAUUUGUCCCAAAAUGACUCAAGAUCCAAACGAUUAACCUGGGCUGAGCUCCUGCAAGCUGAAACUGAGAAAGAGGCCCUACAACAACCACCUCCUGUAACCAGAGGUUAUUUCUUGGUGGACAAUCAUGAUCACCAUCAACUCAGCACCAUUGAAGAAGUAGCUACUCCACUCUCUCAGCAGAAAGCAUCUCCUGGUCAAAAAUCUAUUUCAGGAACCUCAUCCAGUCUACCAGCAGCCAAAAGAGCAUUGGAGUUCAGUAGCAAAAGCCAUGUAAGAGGUAGUGGAACAUCUCAUUUGAACAAUAGUCAGAUAUCUGGUAUUGGUGGUAGACUUUCAGAUCAGUUGAGUCAUCUAUCAACACCAGCUUCCAGAUUGGAUUCUUUGGAAUCGGGAGAGCUUGGUUACCAAACAAAUUCUGAAGGUCGGUCUUCUUCCUUGACGCGAGUUACUGAAAGAACAAUGGAUAGUGAUAGCAAUGUGCUGAGUGAAGGACCUUUGUCUUUCCUGUUAGAUCAGCAACGCCUUUCUGUAUACAGAGAUUCGAGAAUCACCCCUGGCAGUCUAGAUCCACAUGAUUUUAUGACACCAGCUUUGUCUCGCUAUGAAAACCAAUCCGCUUAUCCUUCUAUUAAUACAAAACAGGUUGAAUCUGUUUUAAGUGAAGCCAAGCAAUAUAAUGAAGAACUCAUGAACCGAAUUAGAGAACAUACCAAGCAGGCUUUUGAUGGUACAAAUCAAACCAGUUCUAUAUCCAUGUCCUUAGAAGAAUUAAGUAUGGGAACCGAAUCUGAUUCUCCUGAAACCUUAGAAGAAUAUAGUAUACCUGGUUGAAUAAUAGAUAUAAAUAUUUAUUUUAGCUUCCAAGAACAUUGUUUACAUGGUUUUUUAUGCAUUGUUUAGUGUGUCUAUACUUUUGAGCUUAAAGAAGAUUAUCUAUCAGUCUCUUCUACAUGAACAAAAAGGUAGAUAUAUAAUGAUGACAGCUACUAGAAUCAACUUUUAAAAACUUUCUAGCUGUCUGCUUUCAAACACAUAACGACAAUGGUGGAACCACAAGCUGCAAUUGUCAAUUGAAACUAAAGAAAUUUGCUAUAUACAUCACAAUUUUUAAGCUACUCGAGUAACACAUUCUUUAAUUAAGGAUAUAACUUGAAUGGGGACACCUCAUUUUUGUAAAAGUUGAUUUGAGUAGCUGUCAUUAUUAUCUGUCUUAUGAUAAAAUAUUCAGUGUUUGAAGUAAUCAACGAACUUCUAUUUGUCUGACUUUGCUCUAACAUCUAACUUUAUUGGUUCAGUAUUUAGAUUUGAUUUAGUGGGGUUUUUUGUUUCUUUUUUUGAUUAGGGCCCUUUAGAAUAAUUAUUUUCUUAUAGAGAUCUCCCAAAACUACAGUACAAGGGGAGGCACCUGGACUUCGAAGAAAUUCAAAAAUUAUUGUAUGUUCUUUUCAUUCAGUGUUGGGUCAUAUCCAAAUUCCAUGAACUAAUUAUCACCUUUCUGAUCCGUGUUAUGAGCCUAAAGCUAUCGAAUCCAAUCUAGAUUUUGACUAACCUGGUAUCCAUUUGGGAAUUUUUGAAAAACAUUUUGCGCUCCCCCCCCCCCCCAAAAAAAAAACAAAACAAAAGAAA